CUGCCAGUGUCUCGUAGCAGCGGUUGGGUGAAGGAGAACGCAGCUGUCCGCUGUCCGGGAAGCAUAACCGUAUAUAUAUAUAUAUAUAUAUACCCAUACAGACAACACACAGAUACACCUCCCUUUGAACUGGACUAGACCUGCCUCCCUCGACUGCCGGAGAAACCCGACACACACACACACACACACACACACACGCGAGUCCCGAUCACCGUGGAGCAAAGACUCUAUCCACAAGGCGAGAGGUAAAAGAGAGGAGCCGCGAGCAUGGCGGUCGAAGAGGAAGGACUACGGGUUUUCCAAAGCGUCAAAAUAAAAAUAGGUGAGGCGAAGAACAUCCCUCCUUACCCAGGUCCCAACAGGAUGAGAGAUUGUUACUGUACUGUCAACCUGGACCAGGAGGAGGUCUUCAGAACCAAGAUCAUCGAGAAGUCCCUUUGCCCUUUCUACGGAGAGGACUUUUAUUGUGAAAUCCCCCGUAGUUUCCGCCAUCUCUCCUUCUACAUCUUCGACAGGGACGUGUUCAGAAGGGACUCCAGCAUCGGUAAGGUAGCAGUGCAGAAAGAGGAUCUCCAGAGGUAUCAUGGUAAAGACACCUGGUUCCCUCUGCAACACGUCAGCGCUGACUCAGAGGUUCAGGGGAAGGUCCACAUCGAGCUGCGUCUCAGUGAGGUCAUCACCGACAGCGGAGUCGUCUGCCAUAAGCUGGCCACGCGGGUAUUGGAGUGCCAGGGCCUGCCCAUAGUGAAUGGACAGUGUGAUCCGUACGCUGCUGUGUCCCUGCUGGGGCCGUCCAGAUCAGAAGCGAAGAAGACCAAGGUGAAAAGGAAAACCAACAAUCCCCAGUUUGAGGAGACGUUCUACUUUGAGGUGACUCGACCUCUUAGUCACACCAAGAGACAGUUUGAUGUGGAGGAGGAGGAUGUUGACAAGCUGGCUCUGAGGGUUGACCUGUGGAAUGCCAGUAACCUGAAGUUUGGAGAUGAGUUCCUGGGAGGAGUCAGAGUUCCUCUGAGGGCCCUGGGACAGGCCGGGGUCCACGACGCAUGGUACUUUCUGCAGCCCAGGGAUAAUGGAGGUAAACCAGUGAAGGUGGACGAGCUGGGUUCUCUCCGUUUAAACAUCGUUUACACUGAGGACCAUGUGUUCUCCUCUGACCACUACAGCCCUCUGAGAGACCUGCUGUUGACCUCCGCUAACGUCAAGCCGGUGUCGGCAUCAGCGGCUCAUAUCCUGGGGGAGGUGUGCAGGGAGAAACAGGAAGCAGCGAUCCCAUUGGUCCGUCUGUUCCUUCACUAUGGAAACAUCCUGCCUUUCCUCAGUGCCGUCGCCCACGCAGAGGUCAACCGCACACAGGACCCUAAUACCAUCUUCAGAGGGAACUCUCUAACGUCUAAAUGUAUCGAUGAGACCAUGAAGCUGGCUGGUAACCACUACCUCCAGGUCACCCUGAGAUCCAUGAUAGAUGAAAUCUGUACGGACCACAAGCCCUGUGAGAUCGACCCGGUCAAGCUCAAAGAGUCAGAAAACCUGGAGACCAACAGGGAGAACCUGCGUCAGUAUGUAGACCGGAUCUUCAACAUGAUCACCACGUCAGGCGUGCGCUGCCCCACCGUCAUGUGCGAUAUCUUCUUCUCACUCAGAGAAUCUGCUGCAACACGUUUCCAAGUUGACCAGGACGUGAGGUACACAGCGGUCAGUAGUUUCAUCUUUCUGCGUUUCUUCGCCCCGGCCAUCCUCUCUCCCAACCUGUUUCAGCUGCGACCGCAUCACCCAGACCCCGCCACGUCUCGGACCCUCACCCUCAUCUCCAAGACCAUCCAGACCCUGGGGAGCCUGGCCAAGUCCAAAUCCGCCAGUUUUAAAGAGACUUACAUGGCCGCCUUCUACGAUUACUUCAACGAGCAGAAGUAUGCCGAGGCUGUGAAGAACUUCCUGGAUCUGAUCUCGUCGUCAGGGAGAUGGGACCAGAAGAGUAUCGAGACUCCCAUCAUGCUGAAAGAGGGGUUCAUGAUCAAGCGAGCCCAGGGGAGGAACCGUUUUGGGUUGAAGAACUUCAAGAAGAGGUGGUUUCGUCUCACUAACCAUGAGUUUACCUACCACAAAACCAAAGGUGAGGGCGCUCUCUGCAGAAUCCCUAUAGAGAACAUCCUGGCUGUGGAGAGACUGGAGGAAGAGUCAUUCAAGAUGAAGAACACGUCCCCUUGGAUGUUCCAGAUGUUCCAGGUAAUUCAGCCAGAGAGAGCCCUGUACAUCCAGGCUAAUAACUGUGUGGAGGCCAGGGACUGGAUAGACAUCCUGACCAAGGUCAGCCAGUGCAACAGGAAGAGACUGAGCACCUACCACCCCUCAGCUUACCUCAACGGACACUGGCUCUGCUGUAAGAUGUCUGCCGACACAGAACCAGGCUGUACACCCUGUACUGGAGGCCUGCCGGCCAACAUUCAGCUGGAUGUGGACGGAGAUCGAGAGGCAGAGAGAAUCUACUCCCUGUUCAGCA